AUGGAACAAUAAAAUUUUAAUUUGGAAUUGAAGUUUUCACAUAAUUCUACACCUGUAUAAUAUAAAAAUUUUUCAUUAUUUUGUGAAAUAUCCUAAGCUGAAAGUAAAACUAUUAAUACUAACUCUAUUAAUUUCAUAAACAAAUAAAAUAAAAUGUAAUUUAAAGUGUCAAAUGAAGGAAAUGGAUAGGUUUCAUUAAAGAAUAUAUUAAUUUCAAAAAUUAAAUGCUACUAUUUAUGUAGGAGAUGUGCUGGCCCAGAAUUAAAUCAAUAUAUUCUGUGUUUUUAUGGAACUCAUAAAAAUGGCAUUUGUAAACAGUGUCCUUAAGGCGUCGAGAUAUACUCAAAUAUUAUAGAAUGA